CUCUAAUGGCUACUAUCCUCUCAUUGCACCAUUGAAGAGAGAGCAGUGUAACCAAAAGAAGUUAGAUCACCAAAUGAUGAACUCUAGCUAAUCACUUUGUAUUUUACUAAUUAUUAACCAUGGGUCAUUUCAAAAAUGUUGUUCGAAAUUUAGUCGUACCAUCGAUAUUUAUCAUUGGAUUGAUAUGUAUAUUGUUUUGGACGCCGGAUAUAUCAACAAGAAUAUCUUCAUUUCAGUAUUAUCAGCAGUGUGAUUUGGUCUCAAACGAGAUUGCAGCGACUACUCGGGUUGCAUUAUCACCUCAAGAUGAGCUUGAAACAGCACUACGUGAAGCUUCAGCGGGGAAUAACAAAACAGUAAUUAUAGCCAUCAUAAACAAGGCUUAUGUCGAAGGCGAGAUGACGAUGUUAAGUGUAUUUCUCCAGAGUUUCUGGCUUGGUGAAGACACUCGAUAUUUGAUCAAUCAUCUCCUUCUUGUUAGUGUUGAUCAAGUUUCUUACGAGCGAUGCAAAUUCUUAAGACUUCACUGUUAUAGACUUGUUACCGAAGGUGUUGAUUUUGGCCGGGAAAAGUUGUACAACUCCCAAGAGUUUAAAAACAUGAUGUGGAGAAGAACUGAGUUGCUCGCUGAUGUGCUUAGACGCGGCUAUAGCUUCAUAUUCACGGAUGCAGAUGUGAUGUGGCUAAGAGACCCGCUUAAGAUGUUGAGGAACCAAGACCUAAACCAAACCGAUGACAUCCAAAUGAGCUGUGAUGGUUUUAAUGGAGAUCCAUGGUCGGGUUUUAAUAGUAAAGCACUAAACACUGGCUUUUACUAUGUUAAAUCAAGUAACAAUACGAUCGCUCUAUUUAAUACCUGGUAUAGAAUGAAAGAAGACCCACAUUUUAAUGCGAAAAAAGAUCAAGAUGCCCUAAAGGUUUUGUUCAAUUGGGGAGUUUUAAGAAAUCUAAAAAUAAGGUGGUUAGAUACAUUAUAUUUUAGUGGGUUUUGUCAAGAUAGCAAAGACAUUAAGUUAGUUUCCACUGUGCAUGCGAAUUGUUGUCGCAGUAUUAAUGCUAAGGUCAUCGAUCUAAUGUCUGUCCUCAAGGAGUGGAAGAAGUUUAGGGGUGGUGCACCGCCUAUUAAUGCCGUCAAUGAAACAAUAUGGUCACCUCAUUUAGAAUGCGGCAAUUCAUGGAAGCGUAAAAUUAGAGUUUAAAAGAUUACAAACUAUCGUACUAUGUACGUGGAUCCGGUGGAACAUCCAAGGGAAAGAAUUCCUAAUAAGAGUAGCCAGGAGGCAUAGUCGCAGUAAAAGUAUUAAUUUGUGUGAUGGGUACGUGUUUUCUAUUCUCAUUUGUAACUGGGAUGUUGGUCUUAACAGUCUCAAAUUGCUUGUUUCGGUUAUGUGUUCUCUUGAUGUAACUCCCGUCAGUUCCUUUCUAAAUUAA